GGCCGGCCACACUUGCUGGUCACUCCAUCACAUUGAAGUAAAAGCAAAGCAAAAGUUCUCAAAAUGUCACCGGAAAAUAAGCAGCAGCCGCCGGCCGGACUGAACUACGAUGAGACGAAGCUGACCUUAGGGUUGCCUGGUUCGGGCUCGAAACGUGGAUUCUCAGAGACCGUUGAUAUUAGUUUUGGGAGCUCGAGCUCAUCGUCGUCAGGAGCCGGGGUGGAAUGUUGUGGUCAAUAUAGUGUUGUUGAUGGUGGGGACAAAACUCAUAAGGCUCCAGCUGCAAAGGCACAAGUGGUUGGAUGGCCACCAGUGAGAGUUUCAAGGAAGAACUUGAUGAAGAGCUGCAAAUAUGUGAAAGUGGCAGUUGAUGGAGCUCCAUAUCUGCGCAAGGUUGAUCUUGAGAUGUACAAUAGCUAUCAGCAGCUUUUGGGUGGUCUUGAGGACAUGUUUUCCUUCUUAACAAUCCGUAAUUACUUAAAUGAGAGCAAGCUUAUGGACCCUGCAAAUGGGGUAGAAUAUGUACCAACUUAUGAAGACAGAGAUGACGAUUGGAUGCUUGUUGGAGAUGUCCCAUGGAAAAUGUUUGUGGAAACAUGCAAGCGGCUCCGGUUGAUGAAAAGCUCAGAGGCGAUCGGAUUAGCUCCGAGGACGCCUCCGCAAUGCACAAGCACACACUGAAAGAGGCCUUUUACUGUUUUACAUAUGAUGAGAGAGAGAGAGAGAGGGAGAGAGAGGGAGAGAGAAAUAAUGAAAAAUACAAGGAGAUGUAUGUACAGAGGCUUUCUCUUGUUUGGGGAGUUUGGAUUAGAUUAGAUAGAAAGAAAAAAAAAUGACAAAAAUAAAAGUGAUCCGUCUGUAAUUCUCUGUAAGUCUGCAUUUUGCCAUUUUUGGUAUUUAAUGCACUUCCUUUAAUCACACUUUUUCUUCUUUUUACCUGGAUUGUAUACUUUAUUAUAUACACACUAAUAAAUUUCUUAUAUAAAAUGACUAUUUUAGAGUGUCAAUAAAACAAUCAUUUCUUGGUUAGUUCUCUCAUUUAUUGACUUGGCUUGGGUAAAUUCACUAGAUUCAAUGACUGUUUAAUAAAUAUUUAGAUGCCAACUUGCAUAUUUUGUCCAAGUGCAGAUAGAGGAUGGAAAGUAAUGAAAAAACUUGUUCCUCUCAAUUCUACCAUUUUUGUGGGGAUUAGGAGGAAAGUUUUCUUCAUAUUUCUACAUCUUCUACCUUCACAUGGAUAAAAUAUUCAAGUUAGCACCCAAUUUUUUUUUCAACGUUCGUUGAAUCUAAAGGGUAAUCAAAACAAGGCUAUUGUCUUCAUUUAUUUUAUGCGCCACAAAAUUUGAACAACCAAGCACCAAAAUCAAAAUCCUUACAAGAUUUUAUUACCAAUUUGUUAAUUGUACACUUGUAUUAUCUCAAUUUUUUUCUCGUAAAGAAGGAAGUGCCGAAUGACUAUUUUGAAGUGUCAAUUACAACUCCGUGUUUGAAGUUGUCAUUCAACUGAAAGUCACAUAUUUCUGCUCACAUUUAAAGCUUCCACGUGAAAUUGGUAGGUUGGGAGAUGGACAUAUUCCAUUCUUCUAACUACAAAAAUAAAUGGAGCAGUGAGAAAACAUCCAACUGGUUAGAAGUUAGAAGUUGCAACCCUUUGUACAAAGCCCUUAUAUAUGCUAUUUUCUGGUAUCCUUUGAAGUAUUUUUCUGCAGCCUCCUAUCAGAGAAGAAAAGGCAUGAAUGCACCACCAAGACAAAGGAUGUCGUGCUGCGAUCACGUCCAGCGACGCAAGGAGGAGAAAGGCUGCUUCUAUGCUUGCUUGUUCGCGUUGUGCUGCUGUUGUUGCUGCUACGAGACUUGUGAGUCCUGCUUGAACGGGGUCUGCUGUUGCUGCCCUUAGAUCUCUACACUCGAAACAUGUACAAUAUAUUGAGUAAGGAGUGAAUAAAUUCUACAUUGAUGUUACGAAUUAAUCGAGUCUACGAGAACAUAAGUUAAUGCCAGCAUCAAAGAAAUGAUUCUUUUCA